CAAAGAAACUAACAGAGGAAGGGUAGGCCGCCAUCUCCACCCAGGAGCCGGCCCCUCCUGCCCUGCACCCUCCCUCUCCACUACCUUCCUGCCCACCCAUUCGCCUCGGUCAGGGUGGCAGGAAGGGAGGUGCUGGGCACCGUCUGUGAAGAGCAGCCCCCACCUGCCCAGAGCUGCAGCCGCCGCACCCAGGGUUUAUUCGCUCCGGCCUCGCAGCCUGGCCAUGCGCCCCACGGAGCCCUGGAGCCCCAGCCCGGGGACUGCGUCCUGGGACUACUCGGGCUCCGGCGCCCUCGAGGAGCUGGAGCUGUGCCCGUCGGGAGACCUGCCCUACGCCUACGCCUAUGUGCCCGCGCUCUACCUGGCGGCCUUCGCUGUGGGCCUGCCGGGCAACGCCUUCGUGCUCUGGCUGCUGGCCGGGCGGCGCGGGCCGCGGCGGCUCGUGGACACCUUCGUGCGGCACCUGGCGGCCGCCGACCUAGGCCUGGUGCUCACGCUGCCUCUGUGGGCCGUGGCGGCGGCGCGCGGCGGCCGCUGGCCCUUUGGCGAGGGUCUCUGCAAGCUCAGCAGCUUCGCGCUGGCCGGCACGCGCUGCGCCGGCGCCCUGCUGCUGGCCGCGCUGAGCGUGGCGCGCGCCCUGGCCGUGGGCGCACGGGCCCGGCGCUCACCCCGCCGCGUGCGCGCCGUGUGCUGCGGCGCCUGGGCGCUGGCGCUGUUGGCCGGCCUGCCCUCGCUGGCCUCGCGGGGGCUGCAGCCCCUGCCCGGCGGCCGCGGCAGCCAGUGCGGCGAGGAACCCUCGGACGCCGUGCAGGGCCUGGGCCUGCUGCUGCUGCUGCUCACCUGCGCGCUGCCCCUGGCCGUCAGCCUCCUGUGCUACUGCCGCGUGUCGUGCCGCCUGCGCCGCCCUCCCGCCCUGGGCCGGGCCCGCGGGCGCUCGCUGCGCAUCAUCUUCGCCGUGGAAGGCGCCUUUGUGGGCUCCUGGCUGCCCUUCGGCGCACUGCGGGCCGUCUUCCACCUGGCGCGUCUCGGGGCGCUGCCGCUGCGCUGCCGCCUGCUGCUGGCGCUGCGCUGGGGCCUCACCCUCGCCACCUGCCUGGCCUUCGUCAACAGCUGCGCCAACCCGCUCAUCUACCUGCUGCUGGACCGCGCCUUCCGCGCCCGCGCGCGGCUCUGGGCUUGCGGGCGCGCCGACCGCCUGGCGCGCGCGGUCAGCUCGGCGUCCUCGCUGUCCAGGGACGACGGCCCCCCGUUCUGGAGCUCCAGCAGCGGUGGGGGGCGAGCCCGCACGGCGAGCCGGGCUGCGGCCGCCUUGUAG